CUGCUGCUGCCUUUUCCCCUGCUUCCCACUCCCUCCACGCCUCCCCGCCUCUCCUUUUCAACCGCUCCCCGUCAUCUCCCCCCUCCUCCUCCUGCUCCCCCACCUCUGCUGCACCAGCCAUGGCGUCGUCGUUCGUCGCGCACCACCACGGCUCGCUGGGGGUGAUGGAGGGGAGGAUGACCGCGCUGAGGAGCAGCCUGAGGCCGUGCGAGGCCGCGGAGGAGUUGGACGCUGCGCCGGCGGCGUGCGGGGCGGCGGCGGAAAGGGGUGCCGGCCUUUUCGGGGACGGGUUCUCCGUCGAGGACCUGCUGGACCUCGAGGACCUCUGCGAGGUCGAUAAGGACUGCGCCGAGCUGGUGGACGCGCCGCCGGCGCCGGCGCCGGCGGCCGUGGACGACGACAAGCUGUCCAGUGACUCCCACGGAUCGUCGGUGGUGUCGUACGAGCUCAUGCCGCUCCCGCCGCCGCCAGUGAUUGACCUCCCGCUGCCGGGGCAUGACGCGGAGGAGCUGGAGUGGGUGUCCCGUAUCAUGGACGACUCGCAGGCCGAGCUCCCGCCGCAGCCGAAGCUACCGGCGGCGACCGUAGCAGCAGCCGCAGCAGCGGUAGCGCGGCGUCCGCUGGAACGCGCGGUGCCGGCGGCGGCGGGCCCUACACGGAGCCCGACGAUAUGCGCGCUGUCGACGGAGGCGCUGGUGCCCGUGAAGGCGCGGCGCAGCAAGCGGUCGCGCGCCUCCGUGUGGUCGCUCUCCGGCGGCGCGCUGCUGUCGGACUCGACGUCGUCGUCCUCCACGGCCACCACGUCGUCCUGCUCCUCCUCCGCCUCGUUCGCGCCGUUCCUCUUCCUGCCGGCGGACUCGCCGCCCGCGUUCUUUGCGGCGCGUCUCCUCUUCGAGGCGCCACGCGGCGCCUCCAAGAAGCCCAAGCACGGCAAGAGCGGCGGCAAGCCCAAGAAGCGCGGGCGCCGGCCGAAGCACCACCCGGCGCCGCACCAGCUCGCGGCGGCGGCCGCGGCCCCGGGCGACCGGCGCUGCAGCCACUGCGGCGUGCAGAAGACGCCGCAGUGGCGCGCGGGCCCCGAGGGCGCCAAGACGCUGUGCAACGCGUGCGGGGUGCGGUACAAGUCCGGGCGGCUCCUGCCGGAGUACCGGCCGGCGUGCAGCCCCACGUUCGUGAGCACCAUCCACUCCAACUCCCACCGCAAGGUGCUGGAGAUGCGGCGCAAGAAGGAGGGCGACCUCGUGCCGUGCCCGGCGCCACUCCCGGCCGCCGCGCCGGCCGUCGCGUCGUUCUGAGCCGGCGCUGUACAUUUUCCCUCUUCUCCGUCCCCGGUCGAAUUAUCAAGCCUGCUGUACCGUACCUGGAUUUUUUCGCCCCCUUCCGCCUUCUAUUUCGUUUCGGUUGUACUAGUAGCUAGAGCUCAGCGAACUGUAGGAGCUUUAUUAUUAGGUCGAAUUAGGUGUAGGGAUUAAGAUUUCCAUGGCUUAUUAUUAGCUAGGUUUGCUGGGGUAUGCAUGGCCGCAGUACUUGUGCCAGUAGUUAAGAACUCGGUGAGGGUCUGCACGAGAACAAAGCUUCGUGUUUGGCCUGGCCUACGAUGAAAGACCGGGGAAUGAGUUUGAGGUGUUGCUGGAUGCCAAGUGGGGAGGCGGAAGUGACAAGAAAGUUAGGCGUGCCUUGGCGCGGAACAAGGAACCGACUGCCUUGUUGCAAUCGAGGGGGUGCUUGGCGUGCCUUGCUUCGUGCCUGCAUCAUCAACUUCACGCCGUUGGUGCCAUGUCUCUCCGUCCGCAGCCCAUUCCAAUAUUCCAUGCUUGUAUCGCGCUGACAGCGUUGCUACUGACUAAAAAGGAAAAGAUUAGCUCCAAUCAACUACAAGUCCUACUUGUAGAGAUGAAAGUGAAAAAUCUGAGCUAGAUUUACUGCUA